CCCAACAUGAGCUGCCGCUCCACCUGCUCCUCCCGGCCCUGCGUGCCCCCCAGCUGCCACACCUGCACCCUGCCCGGGGCCUGCAACAUCCCCGCCAAUGUGGGCAACUGUGGCUGGUUCUGCGAGGGCUCCUUCAAUGGCAGCGAGAAGGAGACCAUGCAGUUCCUGAACGACCGCCUGGCCAGCUACCUGGAGAAGGUGCGCCAGCUGGAGCGGGAGAACGCAGAGCUGGAGAGCCGCAUCCGGGAGUGGUGCCAGCAGCAGGUGCCCUUCGUGUGUCCCAGCUACCAGUCCUACUUCCGGACCAUCGAGGAGCUCCAGCAGAAGAUCUUGUGCAGCAAGGCAGAGAAUGCCAGGCUGGUGGUGCAGAUUGACAAUGCCAAGCUGGCCUCAGAUGACUUCAGGACCAAGUAUGAGACGGAGCUGGGCUUGCGGCAGCUGGUGGAGUCGGACAUCAAUGGCCUGCGCCGGAUCCUGGACGAGCUGACCCUGUGCAAGGCCGACCUGGAGGCCCAGGUGGAGUCCCUGAAGGAGGAGCUUCUGUGCCUCAAGCAGAACCACGAGCAGGAAGUCAACACCCUGCGCUGCCAGAUUGGAGACCGCCUCAACGUGGAGGUAGAUGCAGCCCCCACUGUGGACCUGAACAGUGUGCUCAAUGAGACCAGGAGUCAGUAUGAGGCCCUGGUGGAGACCAACCGCAGGGACGUGGAGGAAUGGUUCACCACCCAGACCGAGGAGCUGAACAAGCAAGUGGUGUCCAGCUCGGAGCAGCUGCAGUCCUACCAGGCGGAGAUCAUCGAGCUGAGACGUACGGUCAAUGCCCUGGAGAUUGAGCUGCAGGCCCAGCACAACCUGAGGGACUCCCUGGAGAACACGCUGACGGAGACCGAGGCCCGCUACAGCUCCCAGCUGGGCCAGGUGCAGUGCAUGAUC